AUGGCAUCUUCAACAUCGCCCGCGUUAACGGCAGAGCAGACUCAGUCUCAACCCAGUGUCCCAGGGACCGAAGAAAACAAGCAGGAAAAAGAACAGACUCCAGUUUCUACAACGCCAGCUCCACACCAACCAACCCCCGAAAACAAAGACGACGAUGAAUCAGACUUUGAUGAGUUGGACGACGUCCUCGAUGACUUCAAACCCAAACCGGCCGCCGGCGCCACCACCACCACCACCACCACCACCUCCUCCUCGUCCUCACUCCCACCAGUCGCCGCAGGCAGCGCGGAUGAAAUGGACGAAAUCGCCUUCAUGAGCCAGCUUGAAAAAGACAUGGCCAACAUGAUGAGCCAGGCCGCGCAGCAAUCCGGCAGAGCAGACAACGAGGGCUUCGAGAACGGAAUCCACCAGGGCGCAGACGCAUUCACGAAACAGCUCGAGGAGAGCGGGAUCCCGCCGGGGGAUUUUCUCAAGCAGCUUCUGGCCGAUGUGAUGGCCGAAGAGGCGGCCGCGAAUGGCGGUGAUUCGGGCGCUGCAGCGACAACGAGCACCGAAUCCGAAUCCGAAUCUACAUCUACGCCGAAGUCUGCAGCUGGCGCUGGCGCUGGCGCGCCACCCCCGGACUCCUUCAAUGAUGCCAUCCAGCGAACCAUCAACCGGAUGAAAGAAUCAGGGGACAAAGCCACCGCCGCCGCAGAGGAGGACAACGCCGAUGACUUGAUCGCGCAACUGCUCAAGGCCCUCGAAGCCGGCACGGACGGCGCCGCCGGAGACGACGAAGGGGACCUCACCAAGAUGUUUAUGGGGAUGAUGGAGCAGCUCUCGAAUAAGGACAUGCUGUACGAGCCGAUGAAGGAGCUAGACACAAAGUUCGGUCCUUGGAUCCAAGAAAACAAGGGCAAGGGCAACGUGUCCGAGGCGGAUAUGGCGAGGUACGAGGCCCAGGCGAUCCUCGUCCGACAGAUUGUGGCCAAGUUCGAGGAGAAGGGUUAUACGGACGAGGAUGCGAAAUGUAGAGAGUACGUUUGGGAGAAGAUGCAAGCGAUGCAAGCAGCUGGAAACCCGCCCGACGAACUCGUCGCUAAUCCCUGGAUGGAUGAUUUGAACAAAGGUGGUGUCCCCGACUGCCCGCAGCAAUAA